ACAUUUUGGAGUGAGAAUGUUGAGAAAUUCCAAUGGCAGAAGGUGAAAGAAAAUAAAAAGGAUGACAGCGAAGUCCGAGCUGUGAGAAUGUGUCCGCAUUGAACGUGACGGAAAUAUGUCUUCUAAACGCAAGUCUCCGCCGUCGAAGCUUCAAGAAGGCAGUGGAGACGGGGCGACGGGGACGGACCACGAGGAGCCCACAGGUCCCAUGGAGGCGGUAGCGUCACCUCUAGCGUUCUACAAUAUGACCGCUCCAGAAGUGGAGGCGCGUCGAACUCCUCCACAAGAACCUCCAGCGUUCUACAAGCUAUCCUCGGCGUCCUCGUCUUCGGCAGCGUCCGGUAGUGAAGUGGAAGACUUGUCUCCGGAGGACGAACUUUUACGGUCUCCGCCCAACAAGAGGAAGAAGGACGAUAGUGAGAAUGAUGAGUGCGCGAGGUAUUACCCCAUGAACUGUGCGCCUAGGCCGGACUCUCUCCAGGCGCUUCUGGCGCUCAACCAGAGCGGCUUCCUGGACGACCGCUCCCCCCGGCGGCGACGCUCGGGGUGCGAGAGUCCUUCGGAAGAGAAGAAGGCGUUGUUGCAUCUCAACAACAACAGCACGACGCUGAACCACAACUCGGCUGUUGGAGGCAAGAGGACCAUGGACGAUGUGCUGAAGCGACUGACAAACAAGAUGAACAACAGCACAUUGAGGGAUCCCUCUUCGCCCACUAAGCCACAGUUGGACUGUGAUGAAGGAAGUUUACAAAACUUAGCUGCAAAACUUCAACAUGAAAUUCUCAGAGAGCAUCACCAGCUUACGGAAAACAGAAGGAUGGAAGCAGACAACGGAGAGCGAGACAACGUCACGGCGAUGCUACAACUCCAGAGUCUGACCGGAGACAACUUUCUGGAGAAGGAGCGAAGAUUGUCGGAGAUGAUUCUGCAGCUUCAGAUGGUCCGAGAGCAGUUGCUGAGUCAACAGGAGCAGCAGAGCAAGGCGGCUUAUGUGAAUGCUGAAGCUCAAAAACAGUUGGAGCUGCAGCAACGGCUUCAGCAAGAGCAUCUGAAGCGUCAGCAAGAACACAUUCUGCAGCAGCAACACAAGAUUCAAGAACUCCAGAACCAGAUCUCUUGUGGAUAUCCGCCGAAGGGGCUUGGACUUACGUCCCCGCAGAGUCUCAUGUUUCUGCCAUUUCUUGAUCAGCUGAGAGGGAACGUCAACUCUUCUCCCUCCACUCCUUCCACCAACACUAACACCUCAGUGUCCGGCUCGUCUAUGGCUCCCCCUGUACCUAGUUGGGUGACCUCAGCGCCACCUCCUCGCAGCCCUGUCCCCUCUCCUGCCCCCCCUCCUCAGCCCCCUGCUGAUCCUGACGCCCCCCUCAACCUCACCAAACCUAAACACUCGCCCAGUCCUCAUCCCGUACAAGAGUCGCCCCUCGGCCCACUAGCUGCUACGGCUCCUAAACUGCUGCCUCCAGGCUUAGUCAUGCCCAGGGCGUUUCUACACUAUGCAGGCCUUCCACCCCACGUCAACCCCACAGGCAAACUGAGCAUGUCUCCAGGCAAGGAUGGAGAUAAACUUCCUCCUUACCCGAACCUUCAUCUGUACCCUCCCCACCCUCCGCCACCCAUCCGGGACGACAGCAAAGAAGAGUCGGACUUCAUGGCUGCAUGUCACAUGUGGGGACCUGAUCCUUCCUACAAACUUCAAGAUGAUAACAAUGAUAAAGCUAAGAUGGUGCGUCAGCAGAAGAGAGAGGGGGAAAGCAAACCUCACAUCAAGCGGCCGAUGAAUGCUUUCAUGGUCUGGGCGAAGGACGAACGUCGCAAGAUACUCAAGGCGUGUCCUGACAUGCACAACUCAAACAUCUCUAAAAUACUGGGAGCGAGAUGGAAGGCAAUGUCAAACGCAGAGAAGCAGCCAUACUACGAGGAGCAGAGCCGAUUGUCUAAGCUUCACAUGGAGAAGCACCCGGACUACCGCUACAGACCACGACCUAAGCGUACCUGCAUCGUUGACGGGAAAAAGAUGCGGAUAUCCGAGUACAAGAUGCUGAUGAGACAACGACGCAAUGAGAUGAGACAGCUGUGGUGCCGAGGAGAGGCUGGGCCGUCAGGAGCUCCUGGACCGAGCUUUGGCUUUCCUCCGGACGGAUCACUCUCACCUUCGGAGAUGCUCAGUUUUACCCCCGGCCAUUCGCCCACAGGCAUGCACGAGGACGAAUGAGCCUUCGACUCAUCGACUCACUUCGGAAUGUGGUGACAACUCUAUAUGUGUUAGCUCAAAUACAGUAGAACUGAAGCUAAUUUACUCAUCAGGAUUUUUUUAUGGGAUAAAGAUCAGCUCUGAUAAAUCAGAGGUACACAGUAAAAGUUCGCAAAAUAUAACAUUGCUGUGUCCUCCUAAUAUAGGACCUCUUCAGAGCGUAGGAGUAUAGUGAACCAAAGUGCUGCGGUAACUGAUAAACAGAUGGAGAGUAUGGAAUGAAAUAUAGAGCGAUAAAGAAUCUAUCCUAUUAUCUGUAGAAGUCCUAUAUAAAAGAGAAAUAUCAGCGAUACCUUUUGUGGCAUUUAACUAUGUGUAUUUAUAGUCCCCAGACUAUAAUUACUUUUGUCAGUUAAGCUUGUUAAACUUUAUCUCUUUUUUAAGAACCCAUAGUGCAUACCAGAAUUACCACAAAGAUAAAUAAUUAGCAAUGAUGUUUUUGUUUGACUUUGGCUAGCUGUAAUUAUUUAACAAAUGUUAAGUUAAAACCUUUUUCACUGUAAAGCCAGUGAGUGGUUAAUUUAAACAUUAAAAAAUGCUGUAUUUUUAAUCAACGUUUAAUUCCUAACAUGUAGUAUUGAUUUACAAAUUAAAAAUUAGAACUGUAAAAUUAAGUUAAUGUACCAGAAAUUUUUGUAAGUUUUCAAACAUAUGUUCUUUCAUGUUGUUAAAACUAUUUUUUUUUGGAAUUUCUAGGUAUUUCUUCAUAUCUGUAAUUAAUUGUUCCUUGUAGUGAAACAAAAUUUUGUGUUUACACGAUUUUAUAGCCAAGCCUAGUUAAACGAUUACAGUUCCGGCCGAGAUCCAAGUGAUCGCACAUCGAAGCAACCAGUGAUCAUUCCCACCCGAUCCGAGAGUGAGUCUGAAACAAGACUGAACAGCAGUGGAUAUUGUCAAGUGUUUGUCAGCUAGUCUAGCAUUUAUUUAUUGUGUACAAUACGAGUGAAAGAUAAACAUUUUUAAGAAUCUUUUUCAAAGAUCUCGUGAGAAAAUAAUAUUUAUCAUCUGAAACUGACGUUUUCUGUUCAAAAGAUUUUUCAAGUGGUUUGAAAGAUUCCUUUACAGCAAAAAUAGCUAAGUAAUUUCAAAUUCAAUCAAUUUUCUUAUAGCUUUGUUACAAAUUAUAUUUUUACGUUUCGAGAUAAGUAUUUUUCAAUCAACUCUUUAACAGUCCUAGAGAACAGAAGGGUGUCAUUUAAGCUAAUGAUGUUUGUGUACAUUUUAUUGUUUAUUUUGUACAUACUCAAGUAUUCUAGAUCUCAGCGGCAUUAGUCUCGUGCGAUCUGUUAGUUGGUACCAAAGUCGCAACUGAAUUGUUUUUUGUUAUUUAUUCAGGUCAAUGUGAAUGCAUGUUAUCAUUAUUUGAUGUAAGAAUAUUUUUAGUCUUAGCCUAAAUGCAUUUGAGAUUUUACAGUUUUUCAUAAGAUUAAUAUAACUGUUUUAGUAUUGUAUAUAGAAGCCACGCGAUUGGUUAUUGUGUUAGGUAAUGGUUCAUAUGUAAAUCUCGCUAUGUAGAUACGUGUUUGUAAAUAUUUCAUGUAAAUACGCUCUAGUGCCAUCUCUGUGAUGCCCGGUUUGUCGAUAUUGUUGAUAUUUUUUAACGGUUAGUAUUUUUACAAACGCAUUACUGAUAUUUAUUUACGGUGAUUUAUGUUCAGGUUUUCACUCGGUAAAUAUAGUUUAGUUGUAAGUAAAAUUUGAGUACAAGAAAAGUUAGUGCUCUUAAGGGAUUGCAGAACUGAAAUGUAUUUCUCGAAUUAGUUUCUUUUAAAAUAUUUUUAACUUUAGGAGUUAUUAAAGCACUCCAUAAUACAAUGUAUUACAGUAUAUCUGAGCUAUUACAUGUAAAGAAAAAGGCGACGUAAGGAUCUCAAUCUAUAACGUUAUGAGUGUCAUAAGUAUCAAAAACUUACAACCUAUUUUUAUAAUUUUCAUAAUUUGAUUUUUUUUAUUAAUUAAGGUUUUGAAGGAAAUUAUAAAUAUUUAUCAACAUUUUUUAUAUGAAAAAUAUUAAUUGUCUAUCACUGUUCCACGUUUUUUAAAUUAUGUUAUUAAAAAUCCAGCUGUUAUUGACAUACGUAACUUCAUUCACUUAGCAAUGUAAAAAUCUGUUAUUAAAGAGUGGGUAGGUUACAAUUUGCCAUCCUUUAUAAAGUUUAAAACUAAUUGUAUCAAUUCUCUUCCUAACUGUUUCAGGAUAAUAAGGUAUAACUUCAUUAUUUUUUAUGUUCAAUAUAUCCUUAUUUUCAACCUAGAUUUAUAAAUUGUUUUUACUUAAGAAGAUUAGUGAUGAUAUAGACUAAGAAACCCCAAAUAUUUGUUUUUCAUUAAUUAUAGUUUUUCAAUUAUUUAUUUAUAAACUAAAAGGGUCGAUUGUUGCAAAGGAAUUUGAAGAGUAUUUUUUUAACAGCGAUGCUGUAAAAUAGCAUAACUCUGUAUUCUCAAAAGUUCCUUAGAUCAUCACAUUAUAUUUUAGAACACGGUUAAGCUUCGUAAUUUAUUUGUUCAUAGAAAGUUUGUACAACUCAUACAUAAGAUAAUUGAUGUAACUUUUUAUAAAUAUAUAUAAAUAGAUAGCUAUUAUUUAUUGAAUUUAAAUGCCAUUUACCAAUGUAUUGUUAUGUAGCCUUUGUAAAUAAUAGCAAA